CGGACGCGGACGGUGGAACGGCGGCGGAGGUGGAGGUCGUGGCGGUCGUGGACACUUCAUGACAAGAGAUCAAGCAAAACGUCUUGUCCAGCAAGAGAACCUGCGGUUUCGUCUACCUGCGCAAGCAACUGUUGGAGCGUUGCCUGUUUUCCAAAUCCCAGCGCAGUUGACUCCUCCGGCACUUCAGCUGUACAGCAAUGCAAGAAGGUUAUAUAAUCUACAGACCUACCAAUUGAAACUUGAUGUUCAACUUCCUGGUGGUGUGGUCCAAGUUCCAGUUACCCCUGCGCAUAUACUUAAGCUUGAGGAUAUGCGCCACUUCCUUGUGCAGAUUAGGGGUGGUGACAGCAUAGUUCGCAUCGCCGUGGAUGAAACUAAUGGGUACUCUGUUGCAUUUCAAGAAGUGCGUGACACUGACAUUGACCUCAAUAUUGUUCCAUGGUGUCAAUUGAAAGAUUCAGGACAUCUGCCUUCGAAGUUUCUUUCUAAUAUUUUGAUUGAUUAUGAUGUUUCCUACACACUUGGGUUAGUAUCUAACUCUCUGUUGUUAUCAUCAAUGGUCCCUUUGUAUGUUUUGUAUUGUACUGUGUCCUCAUCUUGACAGUUAGAAGUAGAUGUGAUUUUAUUUGAUGCAAGAUUUGAUGUGGCCAUGUAUUAGAGGAUCAUGUAGUUCAUGUUGAACAUGUACUGUAACCUGUAGGUGACAAUUGAUAAAAGACAGUAGUUUGCAGGGUAAAAAAAAGUCAGUAGUUUGUACUUUUCAUGUUUAACUGAAUUUUAGCACUACGUGCAUUCAGAAAAGGUGUAAUUUUAUAUC